GACGGCUGUCAUUUGGCAUCACAACUACACGCACACACAGCGAUAGCGUAAAAUGCUGGCGUUGGUAUAGACGGUGAUUCCAAAGAGAAAAUAAAAAAUAAAUUGUGUAUAAAAGAAAAGGGAAUCGGAAGUGCGUUUUAAUAAGUUUAAUAAAGUAAGGAAUUGUUGCGUUCUUUACAAAGUGCAAAGUAAGGGUAAUGUUAGUGUAAGUGCAAAGUAGAAAGUGUGGUUGUAAAUAACGGUGCAGCAUCAUCAAUCAAUAUUAAUCAUCUCCAUAGGCAAUAUUAGUCACACACGUUUUUGAAGCACUAUCAACUAUGGCUCAGGAAAAGAUAACUCUGGCGGAUGCACUGUCCAACGUGGAGGUGCUAGACGAACUACCCUUGCCAGAUGAGCAACCAUGCAUAGAGGCUCAGCCCUGUUCCGUGGUGUAUCAAGCCAAUUUUGAUACAAACUUCGAAGAUCGGAACGGCUUUGUGACGGGAAUUGCUAAAUACAUCGAAGAGGCGACUACUCACGCAAACCUGAAUCAACUGCUCGACGAGGGUCAAAAGCAUGCGGUUAUGCUGUACACUUGGCGCUGCUGUUCACGAGCCAUACCGCAACCGAAAUCGAACGAGCAGCCAAAUCGGGUGGAAAUCUAUGAGAAAACGGUGGAAGUGCUGAGCCCAGAAGUGAACAAAUUACUAAACUUCAUGUAUUUUCAACGCAAAGCGAUAGAAGCAUUCUCCGGCGAGGUGAAACGAUUGUGUCAUGCGGAGAAGCGUAAAGAUUUCGUAUCGGAAGCGUAUCUCCUGACACUUGGCAAGUUUAUCAAUAUGUUUGCGGUGCUGGACGAGUUGAAGAACAUGAAAUCGAGCGUGAAGAACGAUUACAGCACGUACCGCCGAGCGGCUCAGUUUCUCAAGGUCAUGACCGACUCACACAGCUUGCAGGAGUCGCAGAAUCUGUCUAUGUUUCUUGCGACCCAGAACAAAAUCCGUGACACGGUAAAGGAUACGCUAGAGAAGAUAGCGGGCUACGAAGACUUACUGUCUGAGGUGGUAAACAUCUGCGUACACAUGUACGAUUCGAAAAUGUAUAUGACGCCAGAAGAGAAACACAUGUUGGUGAAGGUGAUGGGUUUCGGACUGUUUUUGAUGGAUUCGGAAAUUUGUAACAUUAACAAGCUAGAUCAGAAGAAAAAGCUGCGGCUCGAUCGGAUCGAUCGCAUCUUCAAAAACCUAGAGGUGGUGCCAUUGUUCGGCGAUAUGCAGAUUGCCCCUUUCAACUAUAUCAAGCGGAGCAAACACUUUGAUCCGAGCAAAUGGCCACUGUCCAGCUCAACUGCAAUUAGCCCUCAGGCGGAUCUGAUGGUGCAUCUACCGACGAUACGGGAAGAUCACGUGAAGUACAUUUCGGAGCUGUCGCGCUACAGCAAUGAGGUAACGACCACAUACAAGGACAACGCGACAGAUGCGGAAAAUAAAUCAACGGCCGAUCUCGCGUUGCGCGGUCUCCAGCUAUUAUCUGAAUGGACAUCUGUCGUUACCGAGCUGUACUCGUGGAAACUGCUGCACCCGACCGAUCACCAUCAGAACAAGGAGUGUCCCGCCGAGGCGGAAGAGUAUGAACGGGCUACGCGCUACAACUACUCCGAGGACGAAAAGUUUGCCCUUAUCGAAGUGAUAGCGAUGAUCAAAGGGCUACAGGUGCUGAUGGCACGUAUUGAAACGGUCCUCUGCGAAGCGAUUAGGCGCAGCAUCUAUGCGGAACUGCAAGACUUUGUGCAGCUGGUGUUGCGCGAGCCGUUACGGAAGGCAGUUAAGAAUAAGAAGGAUCUGAUACGGUCGAUCGUGAUGUCCGUGCGAGAAACUUGUGCCGAUUGGCAAAAGGGCACUGAACCGUCGCAGGAUCCAGCACUAAAGGGUAAGAAGGACCCGGACAGUGGAUUUGCGAUCAAUGUGCCGCGUUUGAAUGUGGGUCCAUCGUCCACGCAGCUGUACAUGGUGCGCACAAUGCUGGAAUCGUUAAUCGCGGACAAAUCGGGCGGCAAGCGUACGCUGCGGAAAGACAUUGACGGGUCCUGUUUAUCGCAGAUUGAUGCGUUUCACAAGGCAUCGUUUUACUGGACAUAUCUGCUUAGCUUCAGCGAAACGCUGCAGAAAUGUUGCGAUCUUUCGCAGCUGUGGUAUCGAGAGUUUUAUCUCGAAAUGACCAUGGGAAGGAAAGUGAACAAAUGUACGGUGCGCCAUCAACACAACGAAGAGUGUAGUGAUCUGAUUACGAUGGAAAAGCGCAUUCAAUUUCCAAUCGAAAUGUCUAUGCCCUGGAUAUUGACAGACCACAUAUUACGCACAAAGGAACCGUCGAUGAUGGAGUACGUGUUAUAUCCGCUCGAUCUGUACAACGAUUCGGCCCUAUACGCGCUCACCAUCUUCCGCAAGCAGUUCCUGUACGACGAGGUAGAGGCCGAGGUGAAUCUGUGUUUCGAUCAAUUCGUUUACAAGCUAAGCGAGCAGGUGUUUGCGCACUACAAGCAGCUGGCCGGUAGCAUCUAUCUCGACAAACGUUUCCGCGUCGAGUGCGAAGUGUUGGGUUUUAACUUCCAAUCGUACCCACGCAACAAUCGGUACGAAACGUUGCUCAAGCAGCGGCACGUCCAACUGCUGGGGCGUUCGAUCGAUCUGAACAAACUAAUUACGCAGCGUAUCAAUGCCGAUAUGCAGAAAAGCUUAGAGCUUGCGAUUUGUCGGUUCGAAGCAAGUGACAUCACCGGGGUUGUAGAGCUGGAAGCAUUGCUUUCGGUGAAUAAGCUUUGUCACAAGCUACUUUCGAAGUGGCUAGCGCUGGACGAUUUUGAUGCUAUGCUAAAGGAAGCCAAUCACAAUGUGCUUGCCCCGUACGGACGAAUUACGCUGCACGUGUUUGUUGAGCUGAACUACGAUUUUCUCGCAAACUAUUGCUACAACGCCGCAACGAACCGUUUCGUGCGCAAUAAGCUGCAGAUUGCAUUUUCCGGACCGAUCACACGCGAUAAAGCACCGGUAAUGUCGCAUUACUAUCUUUGGGGAUCGAAACCCUUGAACGCGGCCUACUCGACGCAGUACAGUCAGUACAAUGGGUUUGUAGGUGCGCCCCAUUUUCAUGCGAUUUGCCGCCUGUUAGGGUAUCAGGGCAUUGCAGUCGUUAUGGAGAUCAUACUGAAGGAUAUCGUGAAACCGUUGGUGCAGGGCAAUCUGCUGCAGUUCACCAAAACGCUAAUGUCCGCGAUGCCCAAGUGCUGCAAAUUGCCGCUUUGCGAUUAUGGGUCGCCCGGUGUGCUGAGCUACUAUCAGGCUCAUCUGGUCGACAUUGUGCAGUAUCCGGAUGCGAAAACAGAACUGUUCCAGUCGUUCCGAGAGAUGGGCAAUUCGUUGCUGUUCUGUUUGCUGAUCGAGCAGGCCCUCUCACAAGAGGAAGUAUGCGAUCUGCUGCAUGCCGCACCGUUUCAGAACAUUCUUCCGAGACCGUUCUGUAAGGACGGUGAGAAGCCAGAAAGCAAGCAGAAGCGGUUGGAGGCAAAAUACGCAUCGUUGCAGAUAGUACCAAAUGUAGAAAAGUUGGGUACGGCAAAGCAAGCAAUGAUUGCCCGUGAGGGAGAUUUGCUGACACGCGAGCGUUUGUGCUGUGGGUUAAGCAUAUUCGAAGUAAUUCUUGGACGCGUUAAAUCAUUCCUGGACGAUCCUAUCUGGAUGGGCCCGCCUCCGAUCAACGGCGUGAUGAACAUUGACGAAUGUUCCGAGUUUCACCGGCUCUGGUCGGCGCUUCAAUUUGUGUACUGUAUACCGGUCGCUGGAACCGAAUAUAUGGUUGAAGAACUAUUCGGCGAAGGUCUUCACUGGGCUGGUUGCACCAUUAUCGUGCUACUUAAUCAACAACGAAAGUUUGAAGCGCUCGAUUUUUGCUACCACAUAUUGCGUGUGCAACGCGUCGACGGCAAGGAUGACACUGUGAAGGGAAUCAAUCUGAAGCGCAUGGUCGAUCGCAUCCGUCGCUUCCAAGUACUGAACUCGCAGAUAUUUGCCGUUCUAAACAAAUAUCUUAAAAGCAACGAUAUCGAGGGAUCUAAUGUGGAACAUGUCAGGUGUUUUCCGCCACCACCACAUCCAAGCGUAGCGCCUUCGCACUAUCACGAUCCAAACAAAUUGCGAACACAGUAGAAAUGUGGAUAAAGUAUCCAUUUUUCACAGCCGAUUAUUCUCCAUGGUAGUUUUUACACCAUAAAAACACACAUACACAUAAACUUAUUAUUUGGGGGAAAAAUGAUAGAGUUUUUCUUUGAGGGAUUGUGUAUGGCAACCUGAAAAAUAUUUACACAAGAUUCUUAAUUUUCUUUACUUUCUAUUCGUUGCUGGCGUCAAAUUAGCUUGCAUGUUUCUUUAUUCUGUUUUAUUUUGGCUAUAAUAAUGUUCAUUUUGUAUUUUCCAUUGAUUCGAUCAAGGCUAAUUUAAAGAAAGUGUUUAUCAGUUUACGUAAUCAUUGUUCACGCGGUGGUUAAUAUUUAUAUACUUACAUUUAUAUCCUUUUACUUAUAGUUUUUAAGCAACUAGAUACAUUUACAAGCAUUUCAGAUGUAAUUUUGCUUUGCAUAAUGGAGUUUACAAUACGCACUAGCUAUACUUUUUCGAAAGAAUCGAAGGGUUUAUAGCUAUAGAAUCGAAAGUUUUAAGGAAUAAGAUUUUUUGUUAGUUAAAAUUAUCACUAAAACUAUGCUUAUAGUGUCUUAAGAUACGAAACAUAAUGCAGUUAGUUUCUUUUACCAUAGAUUCGCAGUUUGCAUAUGGUUUAGAAACCCGUGCAAUAUACGUCAUUAAUAUUGGGCCAAACAAGAACAAGGACAUAAUUAUAUAGCUAGCGGAGUUAGGCCCCUCCAUUCAGCGAAAAACAAAAGGGCAAAUUUCAUGCUUAUUGAAAUCAUAAUGAUUACUUGCACUUGGCCUACUGUCGAAAGUUGCCGAAUUCCUAGAAAGUAAUGGUAAUUGUACCAAGCAUCUAAAGUCUCUAAAUACAAAUUAUCACUACAUAUAGAAAUAGUA